AUCUUUGUCAUUAUUCCCUUUUAUUGUUGAGUGAAGAUGAACACUAGAAACUAUCCGUAGAUGAAGUGUGGAAAUGUCAUCGUCCAACUAUUGAACAUGACCAACUGCCCCCUUAAACAGCACACAAGAAAACAGUUUCAGUUGCCUCUCAAAGAAGUAACGGCUGUUGUGUAUAUGAAGUAGGAUGUUUCUUAUUUUUUUUCUUUUUGAAAAUCAAGUGGAUGACACCCCCUCCCCCUCCCUUCCAUAUGAUGCUUCAGGAGGGAUGUGAACCCAAAACAAAUUUUGGGCAAAUCAAUGUAAGUGGUGCAGUAGAUACCUUGCAAUAACCAACAGGGAAAUUUAUAAAUUGAGAAAUUGCAUUCUUCCCCCAUUGAAAAGUUGCUACAGCUUGGAAAUUGUAUCUAAUUAAUUAAAUAAUUUUUAAGGAACUUAAAGAUGAAAAAACAUAUUUUAUCCAAUCACUUUCAAAACGGUACUCCCUCCCUCCUUUCUGAAGGCAAAACGAUGAGUUUUCAGCGACGUACCAUUUUCCUGAAGUUGAGAAAUUGGUUUUCUUUUUCUCAAUGACAACCACCCUAUACUUCUUCCAAUGUUUCUUGGUUUUGCUUAGUCAGCAUAUGAAAAAAAUUCUAGAAAGAAAUCAGUCUCCAAGAUGUGUUGGAGGAAAAUAAUCACAAAGAGGGUAUAUUAAAUUAGUAAAUUAUUUAUCUUCGAGUUUAAAACUGGGAAUCCCUUUUUUUACUAAACUAAUUGAUAAAAUCACUUCCGAUAAUGGGUCAAUGAUUUAUCAUUCUUCGGAGGCAGAAAACCCACUGACUCAAAGAGGACAACCAGCGUUUCCUGGUGACAAGUGCUAAAAGUGGGUUUUAAACUUUGAGACAGUAGCACUAGUAAUGUUCUCUCUCCAUUUAUUGCUCAAGAAAGCAGAAACAGCCUUAAAUUACAUAAAUUAGCAUCUGUUAAGGCCAGAACAUACUGCCUAUUAUCAUUGACAAGAUGUCACACUGCAACUCUAUGAAUGAACCUAUGUUGAAAUGUUCCUAUGUUCCUGCACCUAUGUUCUCUAUGUUGAAUACUAUUCCUUUUUCUGUAGUUUUUAAUGCGGCAACUUUUUGGGCUACAAAUAUUAUCUUACCUAUUAAGUUUAAUUUUUUUAUAAAUCCCAUAUAUGUUAACAUUUGUUUAAUAAUUGUAUUGGGUUUAUUUAUUUUAGAUUCUCCACUAGCUUGUAUUGUAGCUGUUGUGAGAAAGAUUAUUAUUGGUGGAAUCAAUUUUUCUGUGAUAGAUAAACAUUCCAAUGCGUGGGAGGAGGACAAGCUGGGGCCAUGGGCAUGUAGGACCACCCACCGAAAUAAUUGCUUCACAACCUGCACAGCAACCUCCACUGCAACCAGCACCUCCAGCACCUGCAUCGAUUCCUCCACAGGAGCCAUGAUGUCUGGGAGAAACAACAAUCAGUUCCGAAGAGGAGCCGCCAUCCGCAGACACAUCGAGAACUGAUGCAGUAGAUUAUACGGGAUGCGGCUCUUGCGACAAGCCUGAUAACUAGAUGCUUGAAUCAGGCAGCCUAAAACACAUGUCUUGAAAGAAAAUGCCAACUAUUUUUGUUCCUCAAUGAUUACUUUUAGACGGAACUGACGCUGCUCAAAAUUGUUUUACUUCUCUCUUACUGCCUUUUUUAAACAAUAUAUUUUUUUUUUAAUUUGAUGGUUAUUUUGUUUACUUGCUAAUUAAAAUAUUCAUUUACGUUGAUUUAUUCAUGCCUUCACGUACACAAGCUCGUUCUCCGACUAACAGUGCAAAUACGGCAAACUUCAUUUAAGCCUUUCUUUAGUACGUUCAACCCAUAUUUUGUACUUGUAUCCCAUUGAAAUAUCAUUACCUACGUCAGGGAGUCGACAGUGAAAUACUGAUUUUUUGUUUAGUUUUCAAGAACUUAAAUAAAUUUUCUCUUUUUUUACUACA